CGGGUCAGCCCGAGCCCGUUUACUGGCCCAGAUAAUUUUAGUCGAUGACGACGACUCGGAGAGAAGCAGAAAACAGAAAGAUUUAGAGAGAGAGAAAAUUAUCUGGGAGAAAUCCGAGAAAUACACACACAUAUACAUACAACCGUAGAAGAUAUCGAUUCAAGUAUUCAGCGAGGUCGUUGGUUCGCCAGAAAAAAAUGAACGGCGGCCCAUCUGGUUUUAAUAAUGCGCCGGUGACAAGGACGAUAGUGAUUGCGAGUGCUCUUUUUACAAUCAUUUUUGGGAUCCAAGGUCGUUCUAGAAACCUCGCUUGGUCUUAUCAGGACAUUUUCAGGAAACUUCAAAUAUGGAAGCUCAUAGUUUCAGUUUUCGGAUUUUCAUCUACACCAGAACUUGUUUUUGGAAUUUAUCUUCUGUACUACUUCCGUGUAUUUGAGAGGCAGAUUGGUUCUAAUAAAUACACUGUUUUUAUCAUAUUCUCUAUCGCCGUCUCGAUACUGCUUGAAGUCCUCGCGCUAUUACUACUUAAAGAUCCCUCCUUGAAUAUACUCACAUCUGGACCCUAUGGCCUUAUAUUUUCUUCAUUUGUACCAUUUUAUUUCGACAUUCCUGUUUCAACGCGGUUUCGUGUGUUUAACCUCAACUUCUCUGACAAGACUUUUAUAUAUCUAGCCGGUCUUCAGCUAUUUUUAUCGUCAUGGAAAAGAUCCAUGCUUCCAGGGAUUUGUGGUAUUUUAGCAGGGUCCCUGUAUCGCCUGAAUGUUCUCCGCAUACGCAGGAUGAAGUUUCCUGAAGCUAUUGCUUCGUUCUUCUCAAGAUUGUCAUUGCCAUCGAUGGGGAGUAGUAGUACAUCAGCCACCGGAUCGUCUAGGAAUGUUUUAGGAAGUGCACCAACCUCCUAUCCUGGUCGCCAGAUGGAGGGAAACUAUCCAGCUCCGACCGCGAUGGAACCGCCAGAGGACUCCAUUUCCACACUGGUUUCGAUGGGCUUUGACAGGAACUCAGCGAGGCAAGCUCUCGUACGUGCCAGAAACGACAUUAAUGCUGCCACCAACAUCCUCCUCGAGUCACAGGGGCAUUAAGCUAUGGUGUCGAAAAACAGUACAUGCAUCCAAUUCAAGGGUGAGGGGCGCAGUAGCAUCAACUAUGUGUUUCUACACUAUUUUGCCGAUUUCCCGGCAGGAGAUUCUUAUCACCUUUAUAUUUUUCACUACUUCACUUGUCUAACUAAGAAGGAUAUUCAAUAGCUGUAAACAUGACCAUGUGUACAGUUUGCCUCUCAGCAGUACAGUAGGUUCCCAACUUAAACUGCUACAACUUUUAAAUCUGAUUGACUAGAAACCCAAUUCUUUUC